AUGGCCCUUAUCAAUGUUAAUACCGAUGAUGGAGACUCCAAAGGAGAUCAUCUUAAGGUUUGUGGGGAGUAUCCCACAGAUCUUGGUGAAUUUCCCAAGGGCCCACCUGAAUCAAAAUUAACCCGGAAGCAGAAACGGAACCGCAACCGGAACAAGGGAAAGGAAAGCCGACAUCUUCAAGACCUCAAAAAUCACGCGGACCUGUCGAAAUUCUCGGUCCAUUGUCUACGCUAUAACCAACCUAUGCGGCUUGUCCAGACCAAUGAAAUCAUAACGAAAAGCAAACGGAUUGGAGGGAUCGUCCGCUUCACCAAGUUCUGCGACCUCAGUCCACACCUCCGUGACCAAUUCGAAGCGUUAAGUCAACAUCUUGUUGAGCAAUCUCGAUACCUUUGGCCCAAUGCCAAUAACGGGAAUAAGCUUGGUGGAACAAUGUUCAAUGCGGGUUGGCGUAAGGCUUACACGCAUAAUGAAAUCCUGGGGAUAUCUGCUGCAGUGCCAAAGAUAGCUGGCCAUGAAGAACGCUACCUGGAACUUCAAGACGAAAUGAAACCAAUGGAAGCCUUCCUUUCAACCCGCUUUGCUCACUUGUCACAGCUGCUCUAUGACACGUUACGAAUUCAACAUAAGGAUCUCGAACUCCCAUCAAUCUCCUCAUCCUCCUUUUCCGAACUGAACGACUUCUCUUUCGCCUCUCACCUCAGUUUCACACUCAACAACUUCCACAAUAAACCACAUUGCGAUAAUGAUUCUUCAACAUAUUCCUUUGGCUUAUGGCUCCCAAUCGAUUCCCGAGAUGGACGCUUGGUAAUGGAGGAUUUCCAUGUCCAAGGGGGCUGA